AUGACACGCUGCGGCCAAAAUGAGAAUGCUCCAGUUGGUGAAUCAUGGAGUGGAAUAGGAAAAAUAGAAGCAUGCCAACGUGCAAUGGCAAGAAACGCACGGCGGGGUGGGAAAAUAUGGGUACGUAUAUUUCCCGCCAAACCUAAUAACCUAAGACCUACAGAAACAUGUAUGGGUUUAGGGAAGAGAUCUCCCGAAUAUUGGGUACAUGUCGUUAAACCGAGCAGGAUACUUUAUGAAAUGGGCAAAGUAUGA